CUGCUGUCAUUUUAUGUAGGUACCUACUGAAAUGAAAAUAUUUGGCAUAGAAAAAUAGAAAACAAGAGUUGUCAAUGUAUUUAUGUUAUUGAGUUUUUAAAAGCAAAAAGUUCAAAGUUCGCCUCAAAAUAACAUAUUUCAGAUUUAGAAAUGCAUAGUUUACGCCGUUUCUCGUCCCAGUUUUGUAUAAGAUGCCCUAGAAGGCUCGUGAAGCAUCCGUUGGUUGCUAAGAGAUGUAUGUCAACCACAGAAAACUCAUCUGAUUUACUGCUGCAGUCUUCAAAAAUACCCAAAGGUAUUUUGGGUCAACCUACCUAUCACACUCAUCCACACCUGAUACCGAAUGGUCAGUUAACUUGUGGCAUUACACAGCAAGAGUAUAAAGAACGGCGGGACAAUCUAGUGGCAAAAUUAUUGGAGGAACCGGAGCAUAUACAUAAAACACAAAUUAUAGUAAUUCCUGCUGCAUGCAAACAGUACAUGUCAGACAAGAUCCCUUAUGUGUUCAGACAGAACUCUGACUUCUUCUACCUGACAGGAUGUCUAGAACCUUCAGCAAUUUUAGUCUUAGUCAAACCAGCAUUAGAUGAUAAUUAUAAGAGCAUACUAUUUGUACACGAAAAAGACAGUCAUGCAGAGCUGUGGGAGGGUCCGCGCACCGGCUGCUCGCUCGCCGCGCCGCUGUUCGGAGUAGACGAGGCGCGGCCUGUGGAGAACUUCAAUAAUUAUAUUCAUAGGAUAGUUUCCACAUCCAAACCUGGUGUGCUCUGGUACCAGAACGAGAGUCCCCCAAACCCUGAGAUCCACGACAGCAUCCGGUCGGCGAUGCGCUCCGGCCACGUGUCCCUGGAGCAGCCGACCACCUGCCUGCAUCAGAUGCGCGUGGUGAAGUCAGCUGCAGAAGUGGAGCUGAUGAAGGAGACGUGCUACAUUGGCUCACAGGCUGUCAAUCUGGCCAUGGCGUGCACCAAACCUGGUAUGUCUGAGCACGCGGUGUCGGCCGUGCUGGAGUACUCGUGCCGCAUGGCGGGCGCGGAGCACGGCGCCUUCCCGCCGGUGGUGGCGGGCGGCGCGCGCGCCACGCACAUCCACUACGUGGCCAACAACCAGCUGCUGGAGCAACGGGACAUGCUGCUCGUGGACUCGGGUAGUCAAAGAUGGCUGUACAACUCUGACAUAUCGCGCACGUGGCCCGUGAGCGGCAAGUUCUCCAAGCACCACCGCAUACUGUACGAGCUGCUGCUCGCUGUGCAGAAGCGUCUAAUCGAGCUGCUGGGGUCCCAGCGACCCCCGCUGGACGUGCUGUUCGAGCACAUGUGCCGGCUGCUGGGCACGCAGCUGCAGCAGGAGGGCAUCCUGCCGAGGGACAUCGACGCUAACGAACUCAUUGGAAGGGCGUACCGGCUGUGCCCGCACCACGUGUCGCACUACCUGGGGCUGGACGUGCACGACGCGCCGCUCGUGCGCCGCCGCGUGCCCGUGCGCGCCGGCAUGGUGGUCACCGUGGAGCCCGGUAUCUACAUCCGUCCGGACGACUUGUCCGUCCCGCCCGAGUUCCGCGGAGUCGGCAUCCGGAUAGAGGACGACGUGCUCGUCACCGACGGAGAGCCGCUCGUCCUGACCGACCACUGCGUCAAGGAGGUCGACGACAUCGAGGCCAUCGUCGGCAAGCAGAACGUUUGAGGAAUUCUUUGGUACUAGUUAGAGACUACUCAAAAUGUUGACGAUAUAUGCCACGUCUAAUAUAAAUAAUACGGCGUGUUUUACCAAUUAUACAAAAUAAGAGCUUAUUGUAAAUUUUCAUUUUUUUAGAAAUGUUGACGAUAUAUGCCAAUGCCAUGCCUGAAAUAAGCGUGUCGUAUUUCACUAAAUUAAGAGCUUAUUGCUUGUUAUAAUGAUUACGAUUUAUAUCGUACCUGUAAUAAUGGUUUACCUACAAUAUAAAAUAAAUGUUAUAAAUUUUAUGAAAUGUUGACGAUUUAUGCCACUAUUAAAAUAUAUAUGAUGCCGCUAAAAUUUUAAAAGGGCAAAUUCUUGAAAAUGUUUACUAUACUUGGUGUUUUUUCUUGAAUUUUGAAGAUAAUAUGUGUAGAAUUCCACACGUCAGCAAUAAAUGUUCUGCUACAUUUCUAUGGUUACCGAGGCCAAACAGACAUCUACAAGCUUCCUAAAAUACAUAAUUACAUAAACAGUUAUCACUAAAUCAAGUUCUUUCCGGAAAAAACCAUUGAAAACUGGCUAUAGAGUUUCCCUUCAGAAGAAAAGGAAUCACAUAAGGAAUCUCUUUAUUUAAGCGUGCGCCCAAAAAUUGGAAUCAUCCUGCACUGCAUUAAAUCAUUGUCAUAUUUAAGCAGCAUAAUUAUUUUUGUAUAUUUUAAGAGAGAUUAUACCCUUUAUUUUCUUUCUUAGCCAGUAGCUUCCGCAACUUAUUUUAAUACAGGACCCCUCAAGGCAUACUACGUCACUGAUUCUACUACUUUAAAAAAUUUUGAAAAUUUUGUGAAAUACUGUAUUAUGUUUGUUUAAUUAAUAUAUCGACACAUGAAUUCAAGAGUUGUAAAUAGAAAAUGUACAUUAAUUUAUGUAAAUGUAAAUUCCUAAUUUUAUAAAUAAUAAACUAAGUAAUGUAUAAGA